GAUAUUUUUGUUGCAUACAUGUUUUCGUCGUGUAUAUUCAGCUCUAGAUGACUGACAACCUCAAUCUUCACUCAAUCUUCACCUCCCGAACCCAGCCAUCAAGUUAUUGAAGGAUACGUUGUUGAUCCACCAUGACAAAGCCACCAUGACGCGUGCAUUCAACCGAGAAGCUUGCAAUCUCAACACGUCUUCCUCCCAUCUUUAUGUACAAAUUCCCGUAAUGGGAUAAACCCAAUCUCAUUGACUAUAACGACGUGUGAUAGACUGUCACCGUCUUCAAUACAAGUCACUCAUUCCAUACACAGAGCCGUAUCGGCGCCCGAACACCUCAAUCCUCCACGAUGUCCGACUCAUCUACACCAGUAAAGUCGUCAAUACAUCUCACCCACCGCACAGACAAUACCCUUUUUCAAGCCUUCCUUCGUCACUUCCUGCGCGCCCUUCGUGGCCUCAUUCUCUUUCCCGCCCACCGCACCCGGCCGCCAGGCUCCGCCCAACUCAAACCGCACAAGAACGCCAAGAAGAAGUGCACCGUCACGGAGCGCAAGGUCAACGACAUAUACGUCUACGACCUGACACUCAAAGAUACGCCCGUAACAGAAUGCGCCAAGCGCCGCAUCUACUACUUCGCCGGCGGAUCCUGGCAGAUGGAGCCCGGCAAGCAGCAAUGGUCCAGCUGCGCGCGAUAUGCCGAGAAACUACCCUCCACAAUCGUCAGCAUCAUCUCGCACCCGCUCGCGCCAAAGGACCCGGCGCCGACCGCGCUCCCGCAGCUGUACGAGCUAUACCAUGCCCUGAUGCAUGAAUCGGCAGCUGCGGGCGAAACGGUGGUCUGGGCCGGCGACUCGUCUGGUGCGAAUCUCGCGUUGUGCCUUGCGAUUGAAGGCGCGUCGCAUGCCGAUGUACCCGCGCCAGCUGCCGUCAUGGCCAUCUGCCCGUCCACCGACCUCACAAGGAAGAACGAGAUGAUCAAGGAGAUCAACAAGAAAGAUCCGAUUCUCACGAUUCGCACAAUCAAGAACAGCGCCAAGGCGUGGUGCGGAGAAUGGGAUGCGCAGGACCCGCGAGUGUCGCCCUUGUUUGCAGAUCUGAAGCCGCUCGCGGAUAGGGUUAUCAAGAUACAUGGCGUGACGGCUGGCUAUGAUUUACUUGGGCCAGAUGGGAUUCUGUUCAGGCAGGCGUUGGAGAAGCAGGGCGUCGAGGGAGAGUGGCUGCAAUGGGACAAGCAGAUCCAUGUGUUCCCGCUGCUGUGGGAGUAUGGGGUCAAGGAAGGGUACGAGAGCAUGGACUGGAUCAUUGACGUUUUGUCGCGGACAUAAUACCAACGAUGAAUUCAAGGUAGACUGCAAUAUGAUACCCUCCUUUUCUUUGACAGCAUGUCCCCGACUACUAGAUAUAUUUGUAUCAUCAUCGCUUUCAAAGUCAAGACAGCAAGACGUGCAAGCCUAAA